UCCCCUCGGGAAUCCUUUUCCCGCCCCCUCGCCCCCCGCGGAGUGCGCACGCGCCCGCCCCCAGCUUCGCGCCCAGAUCGCCGCCUAACCGCUCGCGCAGCCGCCGUCUCGUCUGCCCACCGACGAAGCAUGGGCGUCCAGGGCUUCCAAGAGUUCCUGGAGAAGCGCUGUCCCGGGGCCGUGGUGCCCGUGGACCUCCUCAAACUCGCGCGCACGGUCUCGCGCCAGCAGCAACAGCACCAGCAUCGUCAGCUGCCGCCUACGGCAGCGCUAGCGCCCGGGGCUCCACGCGCCGCCAGGGGCUCCGCGCCUCUGCAACCGCCGCUCCCGCCCGCUGCCUUGGGUGCCUACUCCGGGGGCGCGGGGCCGACUCGGCACCAUCACCCCGCUCACCACUUCCACCACCACGGCCAGGCGCACCCUGGGCUGCACCCGCCGCCGCCGCCGCCGCCGCCGCCGCCCCCCCCUCCGCUGCCCGGGGCCCGGGUGCUUGUGGACGCGGGCUCCGCGCUUCCGCGGCUUUAUGGUGGCUACCAGACGGAUUGGGUGUGUGGCGGCCAAUGGAACGCCAUGCUGGGCUACUUGUCAGCGCUAUGCCAGGCUUGUGCCUAUCCCGGCGGCGACGGCCUGGAGCUGGUGGUCAUGUUCCCCGGGGGCCUGGGAAAGGACCGGCUGGCCGAAUGGGGCCGUCGGUGCCAGGCCGAGCGGCAGACAGCGCAACUGAUCGUGGGACACGUGGGCAACAAGGGCACCCCUCCUCCACGGGCCUGGUUCCUGCCACCGGCCUGCCUGAGCCACUGCGUGAGGCUAGCACUCAUCCGCUUCCGGGUCAAGGUCUUUCAGAGCCUUGAGGACCACCAUUUGGAAGUGGUGGCUUUUUUCAGGGAAAAUGGCUUCCAUGGCCUUCUUGCCCAUGAUUCCGAGUAUGCUCUCUACAAUAUUCCUUCUUACUACAGUUCUCAUGCUCUGAAGCUGAGCUGGAAUGGGAAGAAUCUCACUACCAAUCAGUUCCUGAUGCAGGAGGUGGCCAAGCAGCUGGGCUUGAAGCGGAUGAAUUUUCCCAUAUUUGCUGCGUUGCUAGGUAACCACAUUCUCCCAGAUGAGGACCUGGCUGCUUUUCACUGGAGCCUCUUGGGACCAGAACAUCCCCUUGCAUCACUUAAGGUCCGGGCUCAUCAGCUGGUUCUUCCUCCCUGUGAUGUGGUGAUCAAGGCUGUUUCUGAGUAUGUUAGUUCCAUCAAAGACCCCUCAAACCUGGAUGUCGUUGGAAAGGAUGUUUUCAAACAGUCUCAGUCCAGGACAGAAGAUAAAAUAGAGCGAUUCAAGAAAGCAGUUGAAUACUAUUCAGUCACAACCAAACUCUCUUCGCUGCCAGUGGGUCCCUCCUCCUUUCUAGGUUUUCGGAAUAAUCGCCUUGGAAAUCCUCCCCUUCCACGAAAUCAGAUGGGCACUAUUUCUGCUGGAAAGCCAAUGUUUUCUCACCAUGUGCCCCAGAAAAUGAAAUAUCCACCGCCAUUCCCAGUGGGACCCAACUCCUCUCUUCUCUUCUCUCCCCAUGCUUUGGGGGAACCCCAUGCUUUUUCUGAGGAUCCCAUGCUGCAGGACAGCCCCUUUGCCAACUGGGCUGUCUCUUAUGACUCCUCUGCAUCCCAGUUUCCCAAUUACCUGACUUCCAAAGCCUCACCUCCUUUGGGACCAGACUCUUCUCGCUCCUCUUCCUCUGAUGGUGAGGAACCAAAUGGAACCAGCUCUGAUCACAUCACAGAAACACUUCAGCAGCAGCCCGGAUGGGAGGAUCCAAAUGGUGACAGAGGGUCCUGGGUACAGCCCAUCGAUGCUGGAGUUGCAGAUACCAACCUGGGUGAUGGAGAGCCCCACAUCCCAUCCCUGCUGUCUAUGUCUACAAGGAACCACAUGGACAUCACCAUUCCGCCCUUACCUCCAGUAGCUCCCGAAGUCUUGCGGGUUGCUGAGCACAGACACCGAAGGGGUCUUAUGUACCCAUAUAUCUAUCAUGUCCUCACUAAGGGUGAGAUUAAGAUCCCCGUAUGUAUUGAGGAUGAGUGUAACAUGGAGCUGCCUCCAGCUGCUCUCCUGUUCCGGUCAGCACGUCAGUAUGUUUAUGGGGUCCUUUUCAGUCUGGCAGAAACACAGCGGAAAAUGGAACGCCUGGCCAUACGGCGGCGGCUACCUGUGGAAGUUCCUUCAGUGAUCCUCAAAGAGUGGUCUGCCUAUAAAGGGAAAUCACCUCAAACCCCUGAGCUGGUGUCUGCACUGACAUUUCGGGAAUGGACUUGCCCAAACCUCAAGAAGCUCUGGCUAGGCAAAGCAGUCGAGGACAAGAACAGAAGGAUGCGGGCCUUCCUGGCCUGUAUGAAGUCAGAUACACCCAGUAUGCUCAAUCCAGCUAAUGUCCCAACCCAUCUGCUGCUCAUGUGCUGUGUACUCCGGUACAUGGUUCAGUGGCCCGGUGGCCGAAUCCUGCAUCGCCAUGAGCUCGACACUUUCCUUGCCCAGGCAGUAUCUAGCCAGCUUUAUGAACCAGAUCAACUUCAAGAACUCAAGAUUGAGAAACUGGAUGCCCGAGGGAUCCAGCUUGCUGCCCUCUUCAUGAGUGGGGUUGACACAGCUCUGUUUGCUAAUGAUGCCUGUGGCCAACCAGUCCCGUGGGAGCACUGCUGCCCCUGGAUUUACUUCGAUGGCAAGCUGUUCCAGAGCAAGUUAAUUAAAGCAGGCCGAGAGCGAGUAUCCCUGCUUGAGCUCUGCGAUGGCCAGGCUGACCUGGCAACCAAAGUGGAAAAGAUGAGACAGAGUAUCCUUGAAGGAGUCAACAUGAACCAUCCACCACCUUCGGCUCUACUUCCAUCACCUACUUUUGUGCCUCCCAUGGUGCCCUCUCUCUACCCUGUUUCACUUUAUUCCCGAGCCAUGGGCUCAAUGCCACCUCCCCCUCAAGGACGGAGCCGGGGAUUUGCUGGUCUCCAUCCAAUCCCGCCCCAAGGAGGAAAACUGGAGAUUGCCGGGAUGGUUGUGGGCCAGUGGGCUGGCAGCAGGUCCUCCAGGGGCCGAGGCUCUUUUGGCAUGCAAGUUGUUUCUGUCGGUGGGCCAGGAAAAGGGCAUGGAAAAGAACAGACGGGUAGAGGAUCCAAAGGACAUAAAAAAGGAAACAAACAAGGCACUUCUGAUGGAGUUUCUAAGUCCCUGGAGCCUCAUCAGGGUCGGUCCCAUUCCCAGGUAAAUGGAAACAAUGGCACAUUGAUCAAAGAAGAGAAGAGUGAUCAUCAUCUUCCAGCUCCAUCCCAGUGUGCCUUACCCAGAGACAGCAGCAUGUGUAAUAAUGGAGGACUUCAGAGGACUCUGGCCCAGGCCUUUAGGGGCAUUCUGGAAAGGCUCCCAGCCCCUGAGGAGGCCAGAAUCUGUCCAGGACAAAAAAAGCUGUUCUUCCUUGCCGGAGAUACUCUUGAGACAACCUUGCAUUUCCAGUUUCCCUCCUCAGCAGCUUCGGUAUGAGGGAUGGGAACAUGGCUUACAACAGAUUAGCAUUGUGUCUUCAUUCAGGAACUGAGGCUUCCAGCCUUACACAUCUCCUUUUGGGCUCUGUGAUAUUCUUGCCCAAGAAGUACCAUUUCUACAGGAAUUCAACUGACUAGACUUCUAGCAGGGUUUCUCUCUCUUUUUGAAAAACCCCAUGCACCUUAACCCACAGUAGGUCCUUGGUGAUUUUUUUUCCCAGACAACCAGAAGGCUGUUUGCUCACUGCCCACUUACAAUGAGUGCAUCAUGAGAGAUUGGAAACAGUCUCAGACUGUUUAAUCCUAGUCUGGCCCAGUUUAAAAGAACCCACAACUUGUAGGGGGAGGGAGCCCUAGAAUGCCUCUCUCCCUGCCCAGACACUUCUUACAUAAACCAAAGCAAGAUGACGAGAGUGCACACCUAGCAAGAUAUAACCAGGAACAAAGUGUACAGAGACCUCCUCUUUGGAAUUUGCUCCCUUAAUUUGGUCCCCUCUCUUCUAGUGGAAGAGAGGCUGCCCAGCCUUUCACCAAAAUCUUGAAGGUUAGGAUUUCUAUGUCCAGCAAGAGAGGGAUUUGGUAAUGCACUUAGGUGGCUUGGAAAUUUCUUUCUGGAGCCACAGAGGGAGGAAUCCUUCGAAGCUCUAAAAAUGACCACAAUUACUGAGCUGAGUUAAAUUAAGUAUGUAGACACCAUUUUCUAUGGAAAGGUAUUUUCUUCAGUUAACUGUUUCUGUGCAUCUUGAAUCUAUCUGACACAAUCAAAUGACAGUAUUGUUAACUCUCACAGCCUUAAGAAAAUUUAUUUUAUAGGCAUUCACUGUGAGAAGUAAAAUUGCUGCUUUGACAGGGAUGAUUCCAGUUUGCCAAAAGGCUUGCUUUUCUCCCUUCCACACACCUCUGCUUUCUCCUAGCCUGGCUCGGGUGAAAUAAGUGGCUCACUUCCAACCUUGAUUUUUAUUUGGAUUCAGCAUUUUGGGUUUGGAAGGUUAUAAGAAAGAACCAUAAAGGGCCACAUUCCUGCAUUUUAAUUUAUCUGCCAAAAUAUACAGUUUAGAAGCCAGAAAGGCUCAGGUUCAUUACUGAAAGAUGAACUUUUUCUUAUCUGAGGACAAAUUGGGGAAAGUGGGUCUGAUCUUUGCUGCGAGUACCACUUGAAGAGACUGUCAUCCUUUACUCAAGGUUCCGUUUCUUACUAUGAUAUGUGUGGCCUCUCUUGAACAAAGUCAUAUAGGUACCCCCAGAAAUGACCCUUUGACCUUGUAGGGCCACAGGCAAAAGCACCCUGGUUGUAUAUAGCCACUGAUUCCCAAAGACUUGCAGUUCUUCUUGAUUUCUGCUGGUAUGUCUUGGGGUCAGCCUAUAACUCGCACCCUUAUUCAGUGGCCAGUCUGGUCUGAACCAGGCCUGACAAACUUUUGCUCACUUGCAUCAUUUUCAUUCUGAGCCAGGAGGACUUUGGGUAGACUUUAAAGCCCAAGAAAUGGCACUUGCUUUGGCCAGUGACAUUUGAUUUUGGUCUCCAUCUUGAUUUUCUGGCAUUAUUGAUUGGCCAAGUCACAUUAGCUUCUUUUGAUCACUGAGAAAAACAGCCAGACAAGGCAUUAGGGUGGGUGGUUAAGGUGGGGGAGGGGGUGGGGGGAGGAAUGCUUACGUAGGGUAGGAAGAAUGUGGAAGUAACUGUUUGGUUAUAGUGAUCCAGUCCAUUGGAACCUUAGAAGGCUCGUGUGGGCAUGUCAGUGCUACCCUUUCAGUCUCUAAGACCCCCCCCCCUUUGAAAUGACAAUACAAGUAGACCACAGUUUGAAGUAGCUAGUAGAAUUCUACUAAGGUUUAAUCAUUAUACUUGUUCACUUCCUGAUGCAUAUUUCCUAAAUCUGCUUGGGGUUUUGGGACAGGGGUAAGUUUUCACUGUUCCAUUGUGUGUCACUCUAUAUUUUUCUCCCUCUCGUGACUUUGGCAUCUUUAAUUUGACUUUACAUUCUCUUUCCCUUGACUUUAUUGCAGUAGUCUGCUGGGGCAGGUAGAGCUCAGUGCACUUAUUCCCUUAUUACUGCUAAUUACCUUCAAUAUUGUCAGAGGUUGUUUUGAUGUUCUAAGAAGAUAACUUCAUUUUUUUUUUUUUACAAAAUCAUCUUUUCCAAGUUAAAAGCAAAAUAAAAUACCCCCUGUGCUAGGGUGCCGAUUUCAGCUUUUGACAUUGCCCUUGUACUUUCAUAGAUGCUCUUUUUGUCCGUGUUGGUAGUAACUAAUGACUAGUGAAUUUUCAUGUAAAUGAAGCAAAUUAAAUAUUUCAGAUUUUAUUAAUCUCUCAUAACCCUGCCAAAUCUGAUGACUUCAUUUUAGUUACUUCCCCGAAGACACUUCCCCUCCUUUUCUUUUAUUCUAUUCUCUUCUAUUUUUAGAAUAACAUACUAGGUUAAAGAAACUUUAACUGCAAGGAGUCAAUGAUUUGUAGUGCUCCCUGAUAAAUGAUGUUGACAAAAGUAAAUUCUUUCAUUGUUUUUUCCUGUGUUAAUAUCUCUUCUCCUGUGCUCUUGACAGUGUGUUUAGUGGAUGGAUAAUAUGUAUUUCUCUUUCCCACUCCCAGAUUCCAAAUUCCCUGCCUUUUUGGCCCACCUCACCACAAAAGCUCCAUAGUUUAUUAAUGUAAGUUUGAAUGGAUGCUUCUUAGGGGAAACUGCAGGAGUUUCUGGAAGUGUUUCAGAAAGGAAUGAAAAUGUCUCAGGAGUUGUUCUGUGAUGGAAAUUGGUCUGUUGUUCUGUUAAUGCUGAUGGAAAGAAACUUACAGUGCUUAAUAAAAGUCUAUUCUUUUAGUAAAAAAAAAUGAAAUAAUU